GACGGCGGUGAGUGUGUUCCCUGCGUACGGUGGGGUCACAGGGGCCUCCAGCUGCUGCGUCCCCCCUGCCUCACAGCAGCAGCGUCUGCCUCCCGGUGUCCAACCCCUCCCGGCCCCUCAACUGCUGUGCCAGCCAAGAGGGGUCCCCCCAUGGAGGGGCAGCGUAGGCGGCCAGAGCUCCUGAGCUGGCCUCGGGGAUCACUGUGAGUUUAAGAGGUGGGUGAUGCCCCCCCUAACUGCCAUCCCAGAGCCCCACGACACAUAGCUGGGGUCCCACCGCUGUCAGCAGCACCCACCUCCGGGACCAGUGCCCACCCGUGUCCUCUGCUAUGAGCGUCCCCCCGGCUUACCCUGGCAUCAGGAUCUCAGGGUGCUGGGCCCUUGGAGCAGAAGGCAGGUGAGUCACAGCACAGAGGCCCUGCGGGGGGGCCCCCUUCACCUUGGCCCUGCUGCUCUGGGCCUGUGCUGCAUGUCCAUGGGGUGUCAGGAAGCAAGCGGGCUGCGGACGUGCUCAGGCGCUGGGCAGGGCUUGGGCCGUCGGUCACGGUGCGUCUUGUGUCGGUUGUGGCUCACAAACUCUGGGUUGGAAUUAACUUUCGUCACUGUGGCCAGAAGCACCCUGGUUCAUCUGUGGACAGGAAAUGGGGUCUUUUGUGCUACUUUCCUUUCUCAAGGGGUGUCUCUUGUGGAAAAUGGGGCGAGGCUUGGUCCCGGGCUCCCAGAGGCAGACAAGCUUUGGAGAAGGCAGCGGGGCUGGGCUUGGUGCAGACGCAGCCUGGGGCCGUCCGGCCGUGGCAAUCCUGUGGUGAGGGCGGAUUUCAGGCAGAGCUGCCCCUGGCCUGGCAGGUGUUCCCAGCCUGUGGGCACCGUCCCCAGGAGCAUGAGCCGUGGCAGGGAUCCGUGGGGUCAUCUCAGCAGUAUGAGGAACAGUCACAGGUGGGGACCGGAAGGCUCCUGCCAAGACAGGUGUGGGUGGGCACCUGGGGGCCGGCACAGUGUCUGUCGCAGCUGUGUGUGAGCGCUCGCCCCUGGGACCCAGGGCGUGGGGGCACUGGGUGCUGCCGGGAGCUUCAUCCGUGAGGUCUUGGCCCCUCGUGAGUCAGACUUUCUGUGCCGGAGUUUCCUCCCUGAGGCUGAAGAGAGGCCGAUUCCCUGCAGAUGGUGGGGUUAGGCACACAGGGCAGGGGGACAGCCCGGGUUUGUUCUCUGCCCUCCAGGGCCACCGGGGCUGCCCUGUCUGCUCAGAACACAUGGCUGCUGUGGGCCAAGGCGACCCCCAGUCCAGUCUCCCCCGCUGCGGCCACGGACCAUUGCCCGCUGGGAGGGGCAGCCCCCAAGGAGGAGCCCUGAAGGCCCGUUUGUUUACCUGGGGAUCCGUGUGCCCUGCGAGCAGCAAGCUGCCCUCCUCCCAGGGGCCCAGGGACGCCAUUGCUUUCGACUGCUGAGUCCCGCUGUCUGUCCCUGGCUGCGUGGGCUGCAGGCCCCGGCUGGGCCGAGUCCCUCGCGUGCUGUGCAUGGCCAGCUGCUCCCAGCGCCGUGCAGGCCAUCCCGGCACCGCCGCGUGUGCCCAGCCCUGCUGCUGGCGCCAGCGCUCGGCUCCAGAGGAGCAGAGGGAGGCUGAGCACAGCAGCCCGGCUGACCAUCCCGUUCUCUCCCGCCUGCGCCCCCGACGAGCUAGAGCAGCAGCCCUGCCUUCCGUCUCCAGGGAGAGGCGGCUGGUUCUCUGGGGGCUGGGACUGACGCCGCAUCGCUCUGUGGGCCUGGGAGCUGCUGCUGUGACCCGCUGCACACUGGGCGUGGCUGGUCCUUCCACGGCCCCACACGAGCCACAGACGCCACCUUCCCGGCUCGGGCACUGCUCGUGUUCCGGGAGGUUGUGCAGCUGGAGACACCAGUGUGCUGGAGCUGGAGGGAGUCGGGCUGCCCCAGAGGCGGGGAGACGCUUGUCUUGGCCCGUGUCCCCAGCCAGGCCCCGGCCUGGGGAAGCAUGGCACUGCCCCCUCGGGGUUACGGCAGUGACAACAGGACAGCAAGGUUGAGAGACAGACUGCGGUUUGGUUUUUGGUGACAACGCGGCACGUGCUUAUAAGACGUUCAAGUGAGGCAGAAGUCCCUGUUCCGAAUGUGGGCACCCAGGGAGACCCUGAGUGCGCCUGGCCCGUGCGGGGGUCUCCCCUGCGCGGAUGCAGGCGGGCAGACGCCUGUGCUUGCCAGUGCCUGCGGGACAGAGCUGCACCUCCCGAUGGGCCGUGCUGCGAGGAUGCCUUUCCCUGUUCCCCCUGCAGUGUCCCCCGCCCCCCGCGUGUGGCAUUUCCAGCCGUGGUGGACGUGCUGCUCCUGCAGGCGCGUCCUGCACACCCACCUGCCACGGGAGACCCGGGCUCUGCCCUGCCCCGUCAGCGGCCACAUGGGUGGGCCGUGACCUGCGGGGCCAACCCGCCGACCCCUGGGAGCUUCCUACGCAGGCCCGAAAUGUGACGCCAGGCCACUGUGGCCGGCCAGUCUCUCAGGCAGGGGACAGAGUGCCUGUGUCCCGUCCCCACAGCAUCUGAGCCGCUCAGAAGACACUGGGCCGUAUCGGGCUGGUGCCGCCCACUGCACCACGUCAAGCCUCCCAGAAGCUGUCCCCUCCCGGGGUUUGAGGCCAGGGCCCUCACCCACUUUGGGGACGUGAACCAGCUGAGAGAUUAGCAGGGCCCAGAAUGUCAGCUCAGCGUGAGUGACGCGUGUGGGUGUGAUGCGGACAGGCCUGAGCUUUCCCCAGCUUCGGUUUCCAGCCCUCCCUCUCCCCAGGCAGCUGUGUGCACGUUCCACCUUGGGGACCCCGCAGGGACCACAGCAAAACAGCAACACGGAAUCCCUGGAUAGACUCCUGCCCCCCGUGGGCACCGGGCGCUCGCCCCGGAAGCGCACGACCAGCCAGUGCAAGUCUGAGCCGCCCCUGCUGCGCACCAGUAAGCGCACCAUCUACACGGCAGGGCGGCCGCCCUGGUACAACGAGCACGGCACCCAGUCCAAGGAGGCCUUCGCCAUCGGCCUGGGAGGCGGCAGUGCCUCCGGGAAGACCACCGUGGCCAGGAUGAUCAUCGAGGCGCUAGACGUGCCCUGGGUAGUCUUGCUGUCCAUGGACUCCUUCUACAAGGUGCUGACCAAGCAGCAGCAGGAGCAGGCUGCACACAACAACUUCAAUUUCGACCACCCGGACGCCUUCGACUUUGACCUCAUCAUUUCCACCCUCAAGAAGCUGAAGCAGGGGAAGAGCGUGAAGGUGCCCAUCUACGACUUCACCACGCACAGCCGCAAGAAGGAUUGGAAAACACUCUACGGCGCGAACGUCAUCAUCUUUGAGGGCAUCAUGGCCUUUGCCGACAAGACGCUGCUGGAGCUCCUGGACAUGAAGAUCUUCGUGGACACAGACUCCGACAUCCGCCUGGUGCGGCGGCUGCGCCGGGACAUCAGCGAGCGGGGCCGGGACAUCGAGGGCGUCAUCAAACAGUACAACAAGUUUGUCAAGCCCGCCUUCGACCAGUACAUCCAGCCCACCAUGCGCCUGGCCGACAUCGUGGUGCCCAGAGGGAGCGGCAACACCGUGGCCAUCGACCUGAUCGUGCAGCACGUGCACAGCCAGCUAGAGGAGAGGAAGCUGCGUUGGGAUAUGGCUGCACUGGCCUCAGCCCACCAGUGCCACCCCCUGCCGCGGACGCUGAGCGUUCUCAAGAGCACGCCGCAGGUGCGGGGCAUGCACACCAUCAUCAGGGACAAGGAGACAAGCCGCGAUGAAUUCAUCUUCUACUCCAAGAGGCUGAUGCGGCUGCUCAUCGAGCACGCACUCUCCUUCCUGCCCUUCCAGGACUGCGUGGUGCAGACCCCGCAGGGGCAGGACUAUGCCGGCAAGUGCUACUCCGGGAAGCAGAUCACGGGCGUGUCCAUCCUGCGGGCCGGUGAGACCAUGGAGCCUGCGCUGCGUGCCGUGUGCAAAGACGUGCGCAUCGGCACCAUCCUCAUCCAGACCAACCAGCUCACGGGGGAGCCUGAGCUCCACUACCUCCGGCUGCCCAAGGACAUCAGCGACGACCACGUGAUCCUCAUGGACUGCACCGUGUCCACGGGCGCCGCGGCCAUGAUGGCUGUGCGCGUGCUCCUGGACCACGAUGUACCCGAGGACAAGAUCUUCCUGCUGUCACUGCUCAUGGCGGAGAUGGGCGUGCACUCGGUGGCUUACGCAUUCCCACGUGUGAAAAUCAUCACCACGGCUGUGGACAAGCGAGUGAAUGAUCUUUUCCGAAUCAUCCCGGGCAUCGGGAACUUUGGUGACCGCUACUUUGGGACGGACGCGGUCCCUGAUGGCAGUGAUGAGGAGGAAGUGGCCUCCACAGGUUAACUGCCCAGGCCGAGCCACCCAGUCCACACCUGACUUCCGCUUACCCCAGGAUUGCAGUGUACAACACAUAACUUAAUUUCUAAAAUGUCAUCAAUAUAGCUUACUCUACACAUUUUAUAAAAUAAAGCUUUAGAAAAAUGGA